GAGGCCCGCUUCCUGCUCGGCGGCAGGGUGUGGUUGGCUGGCGACAGGAGUUCAUUGGCAAGAAAACCGACAGCAGAGGCUCUGGGAAGUACUCCGCAGUCUGGGUUCUGGUCAUACCAGGUCACCAGUUCCAUUGCAAAUGCUUCCCUAAAAUAAUUAGGUGCAAUGACUUCAGUAGCCCAGAAGCACUUUUUGGAAGGGCAAACGUACUCAGUCCCCCUGAUCCAACCGGAUUUACGCAGGGAGGAGGCUGUUCAGCAGGUGGCAGAUGCACUUCAGUAUCUGCAAAAGGUGUCGGGUGAUAUCUUCAACAGGAUCUCCCAGCGGGUGGAGGCCAGCCGGGCACAGCUUCAGGCAAUCGGGGAGAGGGUCACACUCGCCCAAGCGAAGAUUGAAAAGAUAAAGGGCAGCAAGAAGGCUAUUAAGGUGUUUUCCAGUGCCAAGUAUCCAGCUCCUGAACGGCUGCAGCAAUACAGUUCAAUAUUUGCUGGUGCAGAAGACCCAGCUAAACAGAAAUGGCCAAGACACAAGAUUCAGAGCAAACACCGAAUGCUGGAUGAGAAAGCUCUGCAGGAGAAGCUCAAGUACUACCCUGUGUGUGUGAGUGCCAAAAUUCACCAGGAGGACGAUGCAGAAGAAGGCCUUGGCAGCCUCCCCAGGAACAUCAGCUCCCUCAGCUCCCUGCUGCUGUUUAACACCACCGAGAACCUGUACAAGAAGUAUGUUUUCCUGGAUCCUCUGGCUGGAGCAGUGACCAAGACCCAUGUGUCUCUGGAAACAGAGACAGAAGAGAAGCUCUUUGAUGCUCCUCUCUCCAUCACGAAAAGGGGACAGCUGGACCGACAGGUAGCUGAAAAUUACUUCUAUGUGCCAGACCUGGGGCAGGUCCCUGAGAUUGAUGUGCCAUCCUACCUGCCAGACCUGCCUGGCAUUGCUGCAGAUCUCAUGUACAGUGCUGAUCUGGGCCCGGGCAUCGCGCCGUCUGCCCCCAGCAGUGCUAUUCCAGAGCUCCCCACUUUCAACACCGAGUCAGUGGAACGUUUGCAACCAGACCUUCAAGAAGCUGAGCUAAUGCCGCCUCCUCCACCACCACCACCUCCUCCACCGCCUCCUGUUAUGCCAACUACCGUGCCUCCUCCGCCACCCCUGCCUCAGCCCCCAGCCCCCUCUGAGCCAGCCCGGACAGGGAACGAGGAGAGCAGCAGUGCUGUGCCUGCAGCUUCAGUCCAGGGAGCCCCAAAGGAGGUGGUGAACCCCUCUACUGGGCGUGCCAGUCUCCUGGAGUCUAUCCGCCAGGCCGGUGGCAUUGGGAAGGCCAACCUCCGCAGUGUCAAGGAGAGGAAGCUGGAGAAGAAGAAGCAGAAGGAACAAGAGCAAGUGAGAGCUACAGGACAAGGUGGAGAUUUGAUGUCAGACCUCUUCAACAAGCUGGUGCUGAGGCGCAAAGGUAUUUCAGGGAAAGGGCCGGGAACCUCUGGCAAUCCUGAUGCUCCUGGAAGUCCUGCUGGUGCCUUUGCUCGUAUGUCGGACUCAAUACCCCCCCUCCCACCGCCACAGCAGCCGGUGGGUGAGGAGGAUGAGGAUGACUGGGAGUCAUAGAUGGGGUCAGUUGAGUAUCGGUGUGACCCUCAGGACUCUGGAACUAAGCACCUUUGUGAGACACCAUCUAUGGAAGCACCUCCUGGAGGGUGGGCAAGCAGGAGCAACAGAAACCAACUGCUGCUGAAGUUAUAGUUACCAGUGAAGGCUUUUCUUCUGCUGCCUUCUACUCUGCACCCACAAUACUACAUUUCAUCUCAAAUGCUGCUGCGGCUCACACUGGCUCAAUAAAUCCCGCCUUAGCUGGUGGGCAGUGGGGCAGCCUGUGCUUGGAGGACCAGAACUAACAUUGCUCCUGAUUUAAAGGGCCCUCUGUCUUUCCUAAUGUGACUGGUGAUGACUGCAAAAGCAUCUCUUUCAGGCAGACAGCCCUGGCCUCAUUCAUCUCCUCACUGCUUGCUGAAGCUCCUGCUUGCUUGGGUGUUGCUAGAUCAAAUGAAUGUGUGUGUAUCCCUUCUUGGGGGUCUAAUUCCUGGUGCCUCUGCACUUGGUUUCUUUCCGUACCUGGCUCAUGGUAACACUUUGCCUGUCUGAAAAAAUUCAAUAAAGUUGAAGGAAGC